CAGCUGUUGGAAGGGCGGGUCGGUCACGUGAUCACACCAGUCCCUUCAGACAGUAUGAACCGGUGAGAGUCUCGCACGCUCUUGUGUUUCCUGCAUCUCUCUGUGAUUGUGGAUCUCAUGGCUGCUGUUUGGCAGCAGGUGCUGGCAGUGGACGCAAGGUACAAUGCUUACCGCACACCUACGUUCCCCCAGUUCCGCACGCAGUACAUCCGCCGGCGCAGCCAGCUGCUCCGCGAGAAUGCCAAGUGUGGCUUUGAGCCGGGGCUGCGCAGGCAGUAUCUGCGUCUGCGCAGUCAGUUGCUCGCCCUGCGUUACGGGCCUCUGUCAGAGCAGAGCAGCUUCAGAGCCAGCAGUGUGCGCAGUUCCCGCACCACACUGGAUCGCAUGGAGGACUUCGAGGAGGAUCCCAGGGCUCAGGGUGCCAGAGGCCACCGGAGAUCAGUAAGUCGUGGUUCAUACCAGCUGCAAGCCCAGAUGAACAGGGUGGUGUAUGAUGAAAGGCCUCCAGGUAGUCUGGUGCCCACCUCGGUGGCAGAAGCCAGUCGGGCCAUGGCAGGUGACACCACCCUCAGUGAGAACUACGCUUUUGCCGGCAUGCACCACAUCUUUGACCAGCAUGUCGACUCAGCUGUUCCUCGAUUACAGUUUGCCAAUGAUGAUAAACACCUCCUUGCCUGCUGCUCGUUGGAUGGGACAUUGUCAAUCAUGACGUUGUCCCCGCCUCCACCAACUGUAAAGGUGACACUAAAAGGCCACGCUGGUCCCGUGACUGACUUCGCCUGGUCGCUCAGCAAUGACAUCAUUGUGUCCACGUCAAAAGACGGCACUCUGCGUAUCUGGAACACAGAGGAUGGACGCUGCAUCCGAGAGGUGUCCGACCCCGAGGGCAGUGAGCUGCUGUGCUGCACUUUUCAGCCCAUGAACAACAACCUGACUGUGGUUGGCAACAGUAAACACCACCUCCAGGUGGUGAACAUCUCCACUGGGAAGAAAGUGAAAGGAGGCUCCAGUAAACUCACCGGUCGAGUGCUUUCUCUCUCGUUUGAUGCUCCGGGGAGAAUCCUGUGGGCUGGUGAUGACAGGGGAAGCAUUUUCUCCUUCCUCUUUGACAUGGCCACAGGAAAACUGACCAAAGCUAAGAGACUGGUGGUGAAUGAGGGCAGCCCUAUCUCCAGCAUCUCAGCCCGCUCGUGGAUCAGUCGAGAGGCAAGGGAUCCGUCGCUGCUCGUCAACGCCUGUGUCAACAAACUACAGCUCUACAGGGUCGUGGAUAAUGAGGGGACUCUACAGCUGAAGAGGAGUUUCCCCAUUCAACACGGAUCCCAACCGCUGCACAGCAUCUUCUGUCCUCUCAUGUCCUUCAGACAGGGAGCCUGUGUUGUCACCGGCAGUGAGGAUGCGUGCGUCUACUUUUUCGACGUCGAGCGCAACACUAAGGCCAUCGUUAACAAGCUGCAGGGCCACAGCGGGCCCGUCCUGGACGUGAGCUUCAACUGCGACGAAAGCCUGCUGGCCUCCUCUGACGCCACCGGAAUGGUGAUCAUCUGGAGACGGGAGCAGAAGUAACCACGGCAACUGCAAGCUUUCGCUACCUUGGCAACAGCAUCUUCCGUGCAGGCUGGCUUGAAUCAUGUGCAAUGAAACCCCUACUGUAAAUGUCAAGAUGACUGUUGUGUUUUGAGUGAGUCUGAACUAAAUCAUGUGGACCAUGAAAGAAACUUGUGUCUUAUCUUUGUUUUAGGGCUGAUGUUUCUGUUUUUGGUUUUGUGGGACUUGGCGCUUGUUUGUGGAAUUCACUAGUGCUUUGUGGUCAUAAAUGUGCAACUUAAGAGAGGAGAUGUUAAUAUAAUACUUUGUUCACCUUUGUGCAUUGUGUGUCUUAGUGAGUGCGUGUGUGAGAAUGAGAACGUUGAGUCUGUGUGUCACUGAAGUUGCGUUCGCUUGCACAAUAACACUACUGUAUUUAUGCCUUGUUGAACUCAAUAAAUUUAAUCACACUAACUGAA